GAACCAUAGAGUUGAAAGGAGAGAGGCGCUCGCUCUCUGGGCAGCGAGGCCUUUCCGGAUCCGGUGCGCGGUGCACGCUGGGAUACCGGUGGAGGCCAUUCGAGCGCUAAAGCUGAGCCCACGCUGAGCAGCGACGUGCCUCGCGGAGCGUUUAGAACUGUACUGCUGCAAAGAUGUCCAUCGGAGUGCCAAUUAAAGUGCUGCAUGAGGCAGAGGGCCACAUCGUGACAUGUGAGACCAAUACAGGAGAAGUCUACCGUGGCAAACUCAUUGAGGCCGAGGACAACAUGAACUGCCAGAUGUCCAACAUCACAGUGACAUACAGAGAUGGGCGAGUGGCACAGCUGGAGCAGGUGUACAUUAGGGGUAGCAAGAUACGGUUCCUCAUUUUACCAGAUAUGUUGAAAAAUGCUCCUAUGUUAAAGAGCAUGAAGAAUAAAAACCAGGGUUCUGGGGCCGGACGAGGCAAAGCAGCUAUUCUCAAAGCCCAAGUGGCUGCAAGAGGAAGAGGUCGUGGAAUGGGCCGUGGCAACAUUUUCCAGAAGCGAAGAUAAUUUUGGACUUAACUUACUUUACCUUUUUUUUUUUUAAGGUAUUUAAUUUACUACUGGUGCAGCAGUUAGGGUUCUGUUUAAAUAAAAUCUGUUUCUGACAAAA